GUCCCCUGCAUCGUCUACUAUCACUCCCAACUAUCUGCAAGUCUUCCCUCAUCACAUCCAUAAAUCUCCUCUUCAUCUUCCUCUUUGCCGCCGACCAUUUCCAGCAUGUCUUCUGACACUUUGCUCAGUUCUUCAGCUCUUGUCCCCCCCCCCCGCCAUUGCUCCGUACAACUGAUUCCCAAGACCCAUGAAGUCCUCCACUGCUACUCCUUGUCACCUCGCCAUCCCAACGGCCUCCUGUUCACUCACACACACAUGCACCCUCUUGCUGCGACGGAUCUUCUUUCCUCAUCCAUCCGCCUCUCUGGGUUCUCACGCACCUGCCCCUUACAGUCACCGCACAUCCUGUCCGACCUCAUCCGUCAAUCUUUCCAUCGCCAGAUCAAACAGGGACUCCAAUCAAACAAUUGAAGUGUCCCACACUCUUCAUGAAAAAAAAAAAAAAAAUCGCGCUGGUUCUAAUUGCCAACAAUUUUGCCAUCGUUCUCCCUCCUGAUUAUGACAGCUUGAUAGGGUGAUAUCCGAAUUGCCAAAUUUCCUCCUGACUACUUGACGCAUCGAUUUCUUUUUUUUUUUUUUCUCUAAUGCACAGAGAGGAAUUAAACGAAGGCACCAGUCAGAAAAGAGCGACAUGAGCCCAACAUGUCAUGUUCUGUGGAUGAGCACACUGUGAGUUGAGAGCAGACGCCGCGUUCCCCUGCACUGCUGCGACACACGUUGCAGCACCCAAAACUUCCAAGGGUCUGCUCUUGUAUAGUAAAAUGGCCAAGGAUGCGGAAAAAGGCGAGUGGAAGGAGUACAUUUGGAACCCGAGGACGAGGGAGUUUCUGGGCAGGACAGCCAGCAGCUGGGGUCUCAUCCUUCUCUUCUAUUUAGUUUUCUACAUCUUCCUGGCUGGCCUGUUUGCGCUUACCAUGUACGUCAUGCUGCAGACUUUGGAUGACCACAAGCCGACCUGGCAAGACAGGCUCACCACACCAGGGAUGGUGAUUCAACCCGAAUCCGAUGAGACUUUUGAGAUCAUCUAUAACAUCCAGAAAACUGAGAGUUGGGACAUGUACACUCAGGCCCUGGACAAGUUCCUGGAACCCUACAACAGCACCGUCCAGGAGCAGAAAAAUGACGAAUGCAAACCAGACGAGUACUUCUUGCAGGAGGACAGCGCCGAUGUGAAGAACAACCCCAAGCGUUCCUGUCAAUUCAAACGCGACUUUCUGCAGGACUGCUCGGGACUCUCUGACCGUUACUAUGGAUACCAGGACGGCAAGCCAUGCAUCAUUAUCAAGAUGAAUCGGGUGAUUGGAAUGUUGCCAGGAAAGGAUGGACAGGCUCCUUUUAUCACCUGUGGCGCAAAGAGAGAAGACACUGACAAAAUUGGAGAGUUGAUGUACUUUCCUCCCAAUGGCACUUUCAACCUCAUGUACUACCCUUACUAUGGCAAGAAAGCUCAGGUGAACUACUCCCAGCCUUUGGUUGCCGUCAAGUUCCUUAACAUCACCGUCAACGAAGACGUCAACAUCGAGUGCAAGAUCAACGCCAACAACAUUCCCUCUGGAAGCGAAAGAGACAAGUUUGCCGGACGAGUGUCUUUCAAGCUGAGAAUCAACACCAUUAACUAGGUUUUAAAAGCCUUUUUUCCACCUCUGAAAUCUUCAUGCUCUGCAACGUUGCACAUGCACAGAAAUCAAAUUGCAGCAUUCCCGCCCUUUGUGGGUUUCGUUUACAACCCCUUCGAAACUAAAGAUGGAGUGGACAUAGUUUGUCCGGGUGUGUGGUAAGAUAAUGCAAGAAAAUAAAGGGUGGUAAUCCUGUAAUUAUUUCUGUCUGUGACCUUGGGGACAAAUUUGUUUCUGUAAAAUUAAUUUCGAGGUGAUGUCUAUUUAUACUGCAUGACAAACGAAAAGGGGAUAUGAAGGAUAUAAUCGCGUGUUUUUCAAAGUUCGCAAGGACCAGUAACACCACUGUAUUGCUGCUCCGACCUUGCUGCCUCAAUAUAGAGCGUUCCUCUCGACGUGAUACACAUCAAUACGAAGCGUGCAAAUCUAACAAUUUUUAUUUAGAUUAUAUCAUAACCUCAGAGCUAGACUAUCGGGAUGGGCAUAUGACUAAAUUAACCAUCAAUAAAUCGAUUUGGUUAUUUUCAAUAUGGCGAAAGGUUCUUCAGGCCGCAGACUUCUUAAAACCGAAUCGACAGCACCUCUGGUGGUUGAAGACAAGUACUGCACCCCGUUUUCCGACAAUUGUCAACACUCUGCAGAAUGCUUAACAAUCACUCUGCCCAUCCCCAAGCCUAACUUGUUGCACUCAAAAAACUAUUCCGACCGUAUAUAUCUUAAUGGGUGGAUGCUGAGAUGAAGCCAUUUUGCAUGUGUGUAUUGUCUUUCGUGUGCUAUGAGGGGAGGAGUCACCUAUGUCCCAGCUCUUCACUCAGUGUGGAGAUUAAAAAAAUAAUUAUAAGAAUU